AUGCAAACCCGGCCAUUGAGCGCGAUGCUCCCACCAUUGCCCCGGCACUUCAUACAUCAGGCCAGAGAUGCCUCGCAACACAAGUUGAAAAGCCCCCCCGCUGCUCAGGAGCAUGAAAAUAAAAAAGAACGAGUCGUCAUUCUUGGAUCCGGCUGGGGUGGAUACACUCUCUCGCGGAGGCUUUCCCCAAAGACCUAUGCACCUCUCAUAAUCUCACCACGCUCAUACUUCGUCUUUACUCCGCUCCUCACCAAUACGGCCAGCGGGUCCCUUGAUUUCUCGAACAUCGUCGAACCCGUGCGCGACCCGCGCGCCAAUGUCGACUUCAUCCAAGGAGCUGCUCGCGCAGUUGACCUGAAAAAGAAGACCGUUAUAUGCGAAGCAACAGUCGUCAAAAGUGGCGUCACCGAGUCACCCCGCACGACCGAAGAGCGGCGAGGAACCGAGGAAGGCCCGGAGGCCACAAAUAAGGAGCCGAUGCAGGCGCAUCUCCAAUGGGAACAGGGGGAAAUAUUCGAAGUACCCUAUGACAAGCUGGUCAUUGCGGUAGGCGCUGUCAGCCGCACGUUCGGAACACCGGGGGUGCGGGAGAAUGCAAUGUUCUUCAAGGAUAUCGGGGACGCUAAAAGGGUCAAGCGGCGUGUGCGGGAAUGUUUCGAGCUGGCCGUCCUGCCCUUCACUACGCCAGAGAUGCGAAAGUGGCUGCUGAACUUUGCUAUUGUCGGCGCAGGUCCAACCGGAAUCGAACUUGCGGCGUCGCUGCGCGAUUUCAUCUACUCCGAUAUGAUGGCGUUAUACCCGAGUCUUAAUGAAAUCCCGAAGAUCACUUUGUACGAUGUUGCGCCCAAGGUGCUUUCGAUGUUCGAUGAGUCGCUUUCUCGAUAUGCAAUGGAGACUAUGGAGCGUGAGGGUGUCGAUAUCAAGACCUCCCACCAUGUCAAAAGUUUGCGUUGGGGCCCGCCUGGUGCACCUCCGCCAUACAAUAUGGAUCCUAAGCGCUGUCUGACUCUUACAACCGAAGAGGACGGUGAAUUGGGUGUUGGAAUGUGUGUUUGGGUAACGGGUAAUGCCAUGCCCAAGUUCAUCACCGAAUCGCUUGAUUCAAUCGACGCAUUCCCCACGGACUCAGUCCAUAGCAUGGAGGCCUCACCAGAAGCACCCGAAAACCCCGAAAACGCAUCGUGGAAAUUCAAGAAAGCUCCCAAGAAAGGUCCCCUUGUCGUCGACGGACAUCUACGGGUGCAGCUGCAAAGUGAAACAGGCCAGACGGCCGUUCUCCGGGAUGUGUUUGCGUUGGGUGAUAAUGCCAUGCCGGAGACGGGUGCCCCUCCUGCAACGGCACAGGCCACCAACCAAGAAUCAAAGUGGCUAGCUGAUCGCUUGAACAAAGGUGACCUGGAUCGGACUCCGCCUUUCUCUUUCCGCGACCUGGGCACGAUGGCGUACAUCGGCGACGAACGGGCAUUGAUGCAAAUACCCCAUAAUGGUGACCGUGGCUCGAAGAGUUUCCUACCAGAAGGUAUCAAGGGACGUACUGCAUCGCUCAUCUGGAAGAUGGCGUACAUCAGUAUGUCUAUCAGCUGGCGCAAUAAAUUGCGUGUGGCUUUCCGGUGGACAUUGAACAAGUUCUUUGGUCGGGAUGUCUCCCGGUUUUGA